AUGUGUGUGUGCUCGCGCACGCGUGGUGGUUGGGGGGGGGGGAACCUCAGCCAGCCCACACUGGAUUAAAUCUAGCUAGAAGUAGCCAGAAAGCUCUUUGAAAAACCACUGGGCUCCGGGUUCAUUACUACAGGAAACUUGUUCUCUCCUGAGGCACAGAGAAAAUCCCGGAGGAUAAUGGCCACCUACGCCCUGCAGAUCGCUGGACUGGUGCUUGGUGGCGUUGGCAUGGUGGGCACGCUGGCCGUCACCAUCAUGCCUCAGUGGAGAGUGUCUGCCUUCAUUGGAAGCAACAUCGUGGUGUUUGAAAACUUCUGGGAAGGACUGUGGAUGAACUGCGUGAGGCAAGCCAACAUCAGAAUGCAGUGCAAAGUCUAUGACUCCCUGCUGGCACUGUCUCCGGACCUGCAGGCAUCCAGAGGGCUCAUGUGUGCUGCUUCCGUGCUGUCCUGCCUGGCUUUCGUGACUGCCAUCCUGGGCAUGAAGUGCACCAGGUGCACCGGGGACGACGAGAAGGUGAAGGGUCACAUCUUGCUGACGGCCGGAAUCAUCUUCAUUGUCACAGGUCUCCUAGUGCUAAUCCCUGUGAGCUGGGUUGCCAAUUCCAUCAUCAGAGAGUUCUACAACCCGAUAGUGGAGACGGCCCAAAAACACGAGCUUGGAGAGGCUCUCUACAUAGGCUGGACCACGGCGCUGGUGCUGAUUGCUGGAGGGGCACUGUUCUGCUGUGUCUCUUGUGCCGGUGAGAAAAGCAGCAGCUACAGGUACUCCGUACCUUCCCACCGCACAACCCAAAAGAGCUACCACGUGGAAAAGAAGUCACCGAGCGUGUACUCCAGAAGUCAGUAUGUGUAGUACGGUGGCUAGUCGUUAACUUGAUAAAGCCAUGCCAAUGACGAAAGUGACCGCUGUUCUCUAAAAAUGGAAUCCAAAGGAACAUUGAUUUGCCAUUCUUAACUGCCUAACGCUAAUUACAGGAACCGUGCAUUGGCUAUGUAGGCUUCUAUGAGCUAUUUCAGCAGAAUGAGAUAUCACACACCGUGCUUUGAUUGUUCUAGGAAGUGUAGUAACAUGUUUUCUAAAAUGAUUCAUGCGUCUUUUCUUUCGCCAGUUACUUCAAAAUGACACUGUUAAAGACUGUCUUGUUUCCCAAGUGUGAUUUCUCUACGCCACAGCGUUAUGUAUGGAGAUCAGCGUGUCUGUAUCUCACAUAAAGAGAGACAGGCUUAUAUGGUUCUAUUUUAAAUGAAAUACUGAUUCAAUACACUGAAUAAAUAAAACUCAACUAUUGCUUUUCAAGGGAAUCGGGGAUAAGAUUGAAGAAGGUUAAUAUUAAUUGUGUAAAAACAGCUUAGCAAUUAAUGCGCACGAUUCCUACGGAAGGUUAAAAUGGAGGUUUUAAUCAGCAGUGUAAAGGCAGCUAAAUGGCUUUCUGAUAUCCUGUUUUUCAAGCUAGAAAUCCUAACUCCUUUAUCCUCUUUCCCCAGAGGCCUUUCUUUUCUUGUAUAUUAAAUGAAUAUCUUUUAAAAGGCAGAUACUGUUGUCGAGGAGCUUUGCAUUCAGACUGCUUUUCCAGGGCUAUCCUGAGAAGAAAGAUAAAACUGUAGUCCGAGAAACAUUGAAGACGUCAGGAAA